UGAAUCAUCCCGGAGAUGGAAUUGCUUCUUUGAAGAAGUAACUCACUAUAUAUACAGACCGCUAGAUAGGGACUCUGGCAACGAAGAGCAUUGCAAACAAGACGAGAAUGGCAAGCCAGAGUUUCUUGAGGGCUUUGAUUCUGUGUCUCACAGCAAUCGUUGGAUUAACUCAGGCUCAAUUGCAGCAAAACUUCUAUGCCAAGACCUGCCCAACAGCCGAGGCGAUCGUCUACAAAUAUGUUCAUGAGCAUAUCCGCAAUGCCCCUUCAUUAGCAGCUGCUCUUAUUAGAUUGAAUUUCCAUGACUGCUUUGUCAGGGGAUGCGAUGCAUCAGUGCUUCUGAACUCAACAACCAACCAAGCUGAGAAGAAUUCUCCCCCAAAUCUUAGCCUCAGAGGCUUUGACUUCAUUGACAGGAUUAAGAGCCUAGUUGAAGCUGAAUGUCCCGGUGUAGUCUCCUGUGCUGAUAUUCUAGCUCUAACUGCCAGAGACGCUAUUGUCGCCACUGGUGGUCCCUUCUGGAAAGUUACUACAGGUAGAAGGGAUGGGACUGUCUCUAACCUUACAGAAGCUUUGUUCGGCAUUCCAGCUCCAUUUCACAACAUCACCGUCCUCCAAGGAAUCUUUGCCGGCGUGGGACUUGAUUUGAAAGACCUAGUCCUUCUCUCAGGUGCACACACAAUCGGCGUCUCCCAUUGCUCACCAUUCUCAAACCGCCUGUACAACUUCACUGGUAAAGGUGAUCAAGACCCAUCUCUAGACAGUGAAUACGCAGAGAAUCUCAAGAAGUUCAAGUGCAAGACCAGCACUGAUAACACCACACUUGUUGAGAUGGACCCUGGAAGCCGCAAGACAUUUGAUCUUAGCUAUUAUGUUCACGUGGUUAAGAGAAGGGGUCUAUUCGAAUCAGAUGCUGCGUUGUUGAACAACCCAGUUACAAAAUCUCUCGUCAACCUGCUGCUUCAGGGUUCAAUGGAAAAUUUCUUUGCUGAAUUUGCCAAGUCUAUGGAGAAGAUGAUCCAGAUCAAUGUCUUGACUGGGACACAAGGGCAGAUCCGGAAGCACUGUGCCCUCGUCAACAACUAAGUGAUGACUAGUCUUUCAUCCAUUCGGGUGCAUUCUGUAAUUUAUUUUAUUAUUUUAUUCUAUUAAUUUCUGGGGUUUGGCAAUGUUUGUUCUUCUUCUUCUUUUUUGGGUAGGCAGUAAUGUAUGUUCCGUCUCAGUUGUGUCUUAUUUGUUUGAUCCCAAUGAUCAAGUUGUAUGUUGUGGGCAUAAAUGAAUCUCAUUGUAACUUUCUGGUUUCAAGAGAGAUAAGUUCUUGAUAUUAAGGAAAGGCAGAAUUGAGAGA